AUGGGUGACCGUGUCGUAUUUCUCCUCGCGCGGUCGCUUGGCUCCGAGGCCAUUGUCACCGUCACCUCUGGUGCACGCUACCGCGGCGUGUUGACUUCCGCAACGCUCGAGGAAAACUUGCACGUUGUGUUGAGCUACCCUGAGUUGUACGCAACCGCUCCGGGCGAGGAAGCUUUGGACGCGGAUCUCCCAAAGACGUUGAUCAUCCCAAACAGUGAGUUGCUCGACGUAGAGUUGCUCGAUGUGGACUUGGCUCCGAAGCCAGAGGCUGCGUCUGUACCAGAAGCCGUGCCUGCGCCAGAAACUGCACCAGAGACCAGGGGCUUCAGAACCGACACGGACAUAUCUGGAAAACAAACCUUCAAGGAGCGUGAUCUCCAGAGAUGGAUACCGGACGAAGGCACCUUGGACUGGGCGUUGGAGGACGACAGCACUGGCACAUGGGACCAGUUUGCGGUCAAUGAAAAGAAGUUUGGAGUAGAAUCCACCUAUGAUGAGCAUUUAUACACCACGCGGAUCAAGACGGAUGCGCCGGAUUACCACCAACGCUUGAGAAAGGCUGAGCAGAUGGCCAGGGAGAUCGAAGGGCAGGGCUACAAUGGCAACAUCCACUUGGCCGAGGAGAGAGGCUUGAUCGUGGACGACAGCGGGGUGGAUGAAGAGGAUAAGUACUCUGGGGUUGACCGCCGCGGUGACGAAUUAAUGGCCGCCUUGAAGUUUUCCAAGAGUACGUCGCCGGCUGAACGAGCUCCGGGCAAGUACGUUCCACCAAGGCAGCGGGCGGCCGAGAUCCACAACGAUCCAGCAAUCAUCUUGUCUUCCGGAAAGCCGGCUUCCGGGAAUUCUGGGAAGAGCUUGUCUGAGUUUAAGGCUGCGGGGACCCCUUCGGCAUUGCCUGGGUUCAAGAUUGCGGGAAAUCGUCCAUCGUCCGUUCCACAGAAACCAAUGGAGACGGAGACCAAACCAAGCGAAUCCACGCGUUUGAACGUGCAGUCGGAAAUCAACUCCCUCAAGGAGUUCUCUGCCACGUUCAAGGUCCCGCAGAAGUUCCCAGAAGACUUGUUGCCGAUCUUGGCCAAGGACAAGGCCAAACAAGACGAGAUUAUCCGCAAGCAGACUGACAAGCCUGCGGCUUCUACUGCGUCCGAAGACUCGGUUCCUGUCACAUCGGCUCCUAUCACUUCGGCUGCCACGUCCGCAAUUUCUUCCAAGUCUCUGGCCAAGACCAAGACCAAGAUGGACCCUAAGGCCCCUGCUUUCAAGCUCAACCCUGCGCUGGUCUCUUUCACUCCCUCACAGCCUGCUGUCUUCAAGUCGCCAGUACUGAUGGGCACCCGUUACAAACGCUACGGAAACGUCACCCCUGCCUCCUUCUUCGGGAAGAGGGUUCCCACCGAACACCCGGGAAAGAACAUUGCGGAAGAUUUCAACUUGUUUGAAGUCGCCAAAAAGGCACAGAAGGACGGAAAGCCUCUGUUCAUUGAGCGAGCAUAUAUGACCCCGCCAACGUGGAACUUCACCGUGGACAAACCGUAUACAGCGGUGCUUCCAAAGGCAGAUAGGUCAAUGGGUAACUACAUGUCAGGGGCGCCAAUGAUGCCAAUGAUGCCGAUGAUGCAAAUGCCGUAUGAUAGCGCUGCCUUUGGCAUGCCUCCGGGCGGGUACAUCCCCGCGAUGGGCUACCCAAGUGGUGGGUACAUGCCUCCGCCGACCCCCGUGUACCCGCCGGGCGCCCGUGGCUUUAAUGCCCCGAUGUCACCGGGCUACGCUCCGCGCCCCCCGUAUCCGAACCAGUUUGGGAGCUAUCCAAGAUCGCCGCAACCUAACUACUCGAAGUUCAGCUAG